UGUAAACAAACGUGAAAGAUGGCAUGACGCAAUGGCGUCCAAAUAUUUUGAAUCGUGGCUUCCUGCAGCUUUCGGUUUAUAUAUAGACAUAAUUUUUUUUCAACGAUAUUGCGUAUGUGUUUAUGAACAGCUUGUAAGGAGUGCUUUUGGUAGCGAAAAAUUGGAAUGUAUGGCUAUAUCAUGGUCAAGGUAUAGAAGUAUUAUGCCGAAAUACUAUUGGUCUUUUGUAGUUGCCUUUUCAAUGACUAUGUUUAUUGUUUUAUAUUAUUGUUUUAAUGAGGACGCGUUAACAGAUGACGCUUCGAAUAACAAAUUUAGUGUGUUUGGAAAUAUAGAAUUUGUCGACAGCCAAAUCUACAUAGCGUGGCAAAAUAUUCACACGAGAACGAAUUAACUACUUCAAAAUGUAACAAUUUAUAUGAAACAGCCUUGGAUAUGCUUUAUAACGGCGAGCAAGUCCCUUUACCGUUUGAAACUAACAGUACAAGAUGGACUUUUCAUAAAAGAGGCAAUCUCGAUUAUCUCAGGCCAAUAUAUAGGCGAUGGAGCAAGCCUCAGAGCAAUUUUAGCUCUAGGGAUUUUAGUGAUUAUGGUGAGACUAGAUCCAAGGAUAUAAAAGCUAAAAAGUACUUUGUUACAUUUGCAUGUAAUUGCUGCGAAAAGUCCAAAGUGAAAGCUACCAGAUCGGCUCGAGAUCCGGGCGGCUUUGACUUUGCAAUAGUUCACGGUAUAGACUCUCUUAGUAAAAAGUUCAGAUACACUCAUUCGGCCAUUUUAAGGCAGGACCGUGGUUGCGGUUAUUGGUUGUGGAAACCUUAUAUAAUUUUGAAGACUUUUGUUGAAAGUAUGUCGGAUAACGACCUGUUAAUGUAUCAGGAUGCGGGUGCACACCUAAUUGGAGAUGCAGGACCAUUACUAAAGCUGUCCCAAGAAUUAGACCCAGGGAUUGUUGUAUUCCACACCCGCUUUUUAGAAGACAUUUACACCAAACGAGAUGCAUUUGUACUUAUGGACAUGGAUGAUGCGAGGGUUUACGAAUCCUACCAGCGCCUCGCUUCGUUUGUGAUAUUGCGGAAAAAUUGCCAAUCGCUGCAGUUUGUAAUGGAAUGGCUGGCCUAUGCUUCCGAUCCUCGUAUCCUGACCAAUAUUGAUAACCAAAUGGGCAAGCCGAAUCUCCCCACUUUUAAGGAGAACAGGCAUGACCAGACGGUGCUGUCUUUGCUCUCCAAGAGAUGGCAACUAGAUGAGUUUAGAGACCCAAGUCAGUAUGGGAGUAUUGACCAGAAAUUAAUGUAUGCUCUUGGCCCAUACAGACAACUUAUUUUUCAUACCAGAGAUACAAGUUAGGUUCUGACACUUGCAUCAUUAGAUGUUUUUACCCUUUUUGAAGGCUAAAAUGAAAGCAUUCCGUUUACCUGGAAAAUAAUCUCGAUAGCAACCUCUCUAAGACUAUUGGUAUUAGGCAGGUUGGCAAGCUAAAUUUUGAAACCUAGAGUUUCCAAAACGACUUUUGCACUGUCCUAGAGAGCAGGAUUUAACAUGCAGAAACCAGAUACA